CACGAUCAUCUCCUGAAAAAUGUGAUUUUACAUAUGGUACUGCAGUACUACAGGCCUUGUUUGUCACGGAUACAAAUAUGAACAACUUUGGUAUACUCAUGCUUCUAACUGGAUUAUGUGCAAUAGAGAUAUCAUUCGUCGCCACCAUGAAAACAAAAGUGCGUCAAAAGAUGUGCAUGACUAAAACUGGAGUACCCAUGAAACAUGGUGCGAAAUGGCGACCGGAUCGGUGCUCUAAAUGUAAAUGCUCGAGAAAUGGAUUGGCGAAGUGUUCACGAAAGAAGAGCGUAAAGUGUAUAAUUUUGGCAAGCACGAAUAUACCAGAAAUAGACACUACCAUUGCAUUGCCCAAGACGAUUGUGUCAGAGACAAACAGAACCGUUCCACUGCCAAACAAGAAUUUUGAAGAAACAACCGUUUCACAGACAAGUAAGGAUAUACCAGAGACAGAUAUGACUAUUCCACCACCCAUCACGACUAAUUCUCCUAUAACUACACAAAUCGAUGUAGUACCCACUAAAGAAGGGUACGUGUCAUUUUGUGAAUCAUGGCCCUGUUGGUUGAAUUGGGGUUCUUGGACCUCGUGUAAUGAUUUGGAAUGCCCUCCAUUUUUUCGGACAAGGUCAAGGUCGUGUGUGUCGGAGGGUGGGUUUGUUGUGGAAGCUGAUGCUGCGUGUCAUGGACCUAAAGAGGAGCUUAGCCCCUGUCCAGUAUGUAACAGCACAUUUCAAUUCCUAGCGGGAAGAAAAAAGCGUGAAAGUAGUGCAAUUCAACAUUGGGUGGUAAGUUUAAGUAGGAGUAACCAAGGGCAACGUGAGAGAUUCUGCCAUGGGGUGAUUCUUACCAGCAGAUGGAUCAUGACGGCUGCCCAUUGUAUCUGUGACAUUGAUGGAGAUUGUUGCGACGAGCAUCGACCAAUAGUCAGCAAUCCAAGUGAGAAAUGCGACUUUAAACGUUGGAAUAUCAGGGCUGCUCCUGUUGAUCCAAACAUCAAGCGAGUCGAGAGUCAGAAUGCAACUGUCGAACAAGUUGUAGUUCACGAAGGUUAUAGAUCUGGGAUAGAUAUAGACGCUGCGGACAUAGCAUUAAUUAGGAUAAGAAGCCCAGGGUUAAAGUUCGGCGAUUCAGAUGGAUCAGCACAACCGUGUACGCUUCCAAGGGGAAUUUGUUUCAACUAUACUUGGUAUGGCAGCUCAAUAUCUGAUAAUUGUAAGACUCAUUGGGAUGUGGCAGAGAAUUCUGGUUGUGUUGCUGCCGUGGAUGUGAAAACGCAUAAUUCCGGCAAUGUUACUCUGUUUCCACAGCAGAACUAUGAAUUAAUAAACAAACAUGGGUUUGUGGCGAUGACAGGUAAAAAAUACAAAAUACCAAAACAAGGUGACAGCGGAGGACCGGUGACAUGUAAAAGGUCACUACAGGUCGUACUUGGAGUUUUGAGUUUUACCUUUCUCAAUAGAGUCGUAUUUGUCACUUCAGUACCUCACUAUGUGAAGUGGGUCGAAGGAAUAUUCAAAGAUUGGGCACCGUGGUCUGAAUGGUCCACGUGCAGCGGUCAAUGUGGAAAAGGCACUAGGACAAGAACUAGAGUGUGUAAUGGACCUCUAAUUGACGGUGAUGUCAGUUUUGGGAAAUUCAAUAUCAACUCUGGAUGUGUAGAUGUUUCUCCACCAGAGCUUUGUUCAACAGAAUAUAAAUGUUCAGAUUCUACGUGGGGUGAAUGGAGUGGAUUCUCUGUAUGUGAACUUAAGUGCGGUAGGCAUACACAGCUGCGGACCAGACAAUGUCUAAAGAGUGACGGGAGCGAAGACGCUUUGACAAAUUGUGAACCAGAUCCUUACUCUGGAGUCAGGGAGGCACAUGAACAGUCAUGUCUGCCAAUAACAGAACUUAAAGGUUCGACCAAUCGAUGUGGAGAGGACGGUGGUCAGGGGAAUGUCACCAUGGCCUCGUUAGUUGGCAUGUACCUUAAUGAUAGUCUAGUAUGUAGCGGGACACUUGUGUCACGCAGAUGGCUAGUGGCACCUGCAAACUGCAUACUGAACCAAGGCAGUUGUCCAAAUACGGAAGGUUGGGAGGUCAGAAUGGGGAAGACUUCAAUCACAGAAAAAGAUGAAAUAAUUAUUAAGAAGAUAACAAAAAUUAUUCUCCACCCUAAAUUCCUUACCAUUGAUGCUGACAAAGGGGUAUUUGAAAACAACAAGGCUUUGAUUCAGUUAGACACACCAGUUGAAAUGUCCACAAAGAUUCAACCAGCUUGCCUUAAUACGUUCAGGAGCCGCAAAGGCAAAUGUUUUGUGCCUACGUUUAAGAAUUAAAAUGAAC